AUGACGUCGAUAGGCACAGGUUACGAUUUGCUCAACUCCAUCUUCUCUCCCGAUGGACGCAACUUCCAGGUCGAAUACGCAGUUAAGGCAGUAGAGAGCGGCGGCACCUCUAUCGGUAUCCGAGCCAAAGAUGGAGUUGUUCUAGCUAUCGAGAAGGUCGUCUCAUCCAAGCUCCUAAAACCUGGUGCCAACAAGCGCAUUGCUACUAUCGAUGCCCAUGUCGGUGCUGUAUCUUCCGGUAUGGUUCCUGAUGGACGUCACUUCGUUGACCGCGCCCGCGACGAGGCCCAGAGCUGGCGACAGAACUUCAAGACUCCCAUUCCCACAUCCGAUCUUGCCAGCCGUAUGGGUGGCUACCUCCAAGCUUACACCAUGUACGGCUCAGUUCGACCAUUCGGUAUCACCGCUAUCGUGGGAGGCUACGACACCCCCGAAGAGACUCCCGUCGAUGGCGAGGUCGGCUCAGGACCCAGUGUUGGCGCUGGUGGCAAGGUCAAUGGCAAGCACGGCGGUCCUUUCCUCUACAUGAUCGAGCCCAGCGGCAUGUACUGGGGCUACUUCGGAGCCGCUACAGGCAAGGGCCGACAGGUCGCCAAGGCCGAGCUUGAGAAGCUCGACCUGCCCGCUGGCAACAUCACCCUAGAGGAGGCCGUGAAGCAGGCUGCGCGAAUCAUCUACAUAGCACAGAAGGAUAACAAGGAUAAAGACUUUGAGCUGGAGAUGACCUGGAUCAGCGGGCCAGACGGUCCCACCAAGGGACGACAUGUCGAGGUGCCAAAGGAGCUGCGCGAGGAGGCUGAGCGAUUAGCAAAGGCUGAGGACGAGGACGAUGAUGAUGAUGACGACGACGAUGAGGACGCAAAGGAUGACAAGAUGGAGGAUUAG